AAUGCCAUGCUGGUUGGCGACUCUUUGGCGCAGCGGCAGCCAGGUCGAAGCGGCACCCACCCGCAAUGAGCAAAGCAGGCGGCGGCCCCGGCUCGGCCCCGGGCCCGACGGCCGCGGCCGCGGCGGCCGCGGUGCAGAAGCAGAAGUCGCUGCUGCAGAAGGCGGACGCCGACGUCUCCAGCCUCGUCGACAAUUUCUCCUCCCUCAUCAACAUCGCCCGAGUCAACGAUCCGCCAGUGCGCAACUCGCAGGAGGCCUUCCAGAUGGAGAUGCGCGCCGCCCGCAUGGUACAUUCAGCAGACUCUCUGUUGAAAUUAGUGUCGGAACUUAAGAGGACAGCCAUCUUUUCUGGGCUUGCUUCAUUGAAUGAGAAUGUGGAUAGGAGGAUCGAAGUGCUGGGUCAGCAAGCUGAGGGAACUGAGAGAAUGCUGGAGAGGAUUGGGCAGGAGGCAGCAGCAAGCCUCAAGGAGCUAGAGGCACACUACUACUCAUCUGUUGUGCGGUCACCAUCCUAUGAUUGAGGGUUAUCCCAGGUUAUCUGUUAGGCGGUUUGCUCUUCAGGGUUAUCUCAGGGUUUUUUAUUUCACCUUGAAUAUUGCCUACUGACAUUACCAUUACCUUUUUGUUGGGACUAAAGUUUAGUAGAUUCGUCUUAUUGUUUAGUCCUUAUCUGUAUAAUUAGUUUAUAAUUAGAUUAUAUGUAAUACUUCUAAAUAUCAUUC